AUGGGCGGAGCACUCAAUGACUUCGUCUCGAGUGAAAGAAUCUAUAAAGUUGCUGCAGCUGAUCAGUUCAGCAUCGAAAUCUCUCCAGAAAUGCCGAUAAAUACGUUGGGGCCUCCAAGAGUUCAAACUGACCUUUUGCACUUGGGUUUCCGGCCCGAUGAGCAAGAUACACCCUAUACACUAUUACUGAAUGACUCUCCAUCGUUAUAUUUCGCUGCUAUGGCGGAGAAAUCUUCCAGCAACAGAUAUCAAGAACAGCAUACUGUAGAUAAGAACGAUCCAUUGGCGGCUAGCGAUUCCUUUAUAGAUUUUGCAAAUAUGUCGGACGCGGGAGUAUCAGCAAUAUGGGAGCAGUCGUUUGAAGAUGGGCAGAGAUUGUUUGAAGAGUCAUUAUUGCCUGAUGAGCAAGGUUACGACGAAGGGGUUAGUGUGGAUGACAGCCUGCAGCCGUCUCUGUCCGUGGCGGACGUGCCAAAUCUAGACGAGAGUCCAAGAGUGCCGAAAAUUCGCAUGGAAGAGCGGGUAUCAACAGAUCGCAGUAACGGGAAGACCCUGCAGUGCACAAAAGCUAGAUUACUUUCAAAUGAAAACCAAACGUCGAGCUCGUCAACAUGUGCUAGUCAAUCCACUCCUAAAGACAGUCCGACGGUAACUGCUGAACAAAGAACAGCCCAAAUCAUCGAAUCUCCGUCAUCUGAAAACACCAGCAAUCCUCCAUUGUUGACAUUCGCAUCUGCUCUGGCAUCUGUGCGCUCAACAACUUCCGCAACCUCGGACGCUGCACAUCCUGUCACUCCGCAAUCAAGAGGAAGUAUGCCAUCGAACCAGCCUGAUGAAUCUUCUUCUCCUUCGAUAGCUACCAAUCAUUUCACGGCAAUUAAAACCAGGAAUGCCAUGGAUCAAAUGGACAAGGCAGCUUUGAUCGAUAAGCAAGACAGGCCGUUGGAUUUUAUGGGUGGGCCGUCGUCAAGCACAAAUAACAUACAUGGCGAAGACGCACACGACAAUGACGAUUGUGUUACUGUUGAUACGAGAAUCAGAGCACACAGUGCAUACUCACUCGCUCGUCGAGCAAAGGAAAUUACUUUGAAGCGUGCCCGUGUCAAUAUUGUGCACCAAGACGUAUCGUCUGCAAACGCCGCUAUGGAGGAACCAACAUUCAAGCGACCCAGAGAGAAAGAUGCGCUAGCGUCUAUAAAGGCAGAGCACCAGUACGGGACAGGUGAAGUCUCCGAAACUCCAUCAAGGAUCACUCCCUCGUCACAUACGAUAUUCCGACCUUACAGUGUAUCCGAAUCAUCCUUUGGUGCAGAUCGUACUGGAGAUGGCCAAUUUCCAGCUGGAUUGGCCGGCCGCUUUCGAAAUAUCUCGCCGUCUCCAUCUGAACUCACAGAUAGCAGCGAUAUGUCGAGAUUUUCGUCGAAUUUUCGACCAUGGCAAAAGGUCCCAUCGUUUUCCCAAGCGAAUCCAAAGAGCAGGCCCUUUCUGUCACAUGGUGGAGAUGACACUGCUUCCGAAAUCUCAUCUGUGGCCUCCUCGCGGCGUAACCGAAACAAUAAAACUCCUCAUAAUAAAUCCUCAGAGAAUCUCAAGAACGUGCCGCAAACAGUGAAACUAGAGAGACGAGUGCAUUUCGACCAUGAUUCCGAUGAGCACGGUAGUCUGAUGUUGGAUGACAAGGUUGUAAUGGCCGUGACCUACAAGAAUGGCAAGAUCGGUGCUGCUUAUUAUAGUGUAAUGGAUUCCAAACUUUAUCUAAUGGAGGACAUGGAGGAGGAUAUUUCCUUUGAGAUUACGAGGCUAUUACGAUAUCAGGUGCAACCAUCGGUUAUCGUCACUAACGCACGGGCCGAUGACGCUUUUCUGGAAGUGCUAACUGCACAAGAUGGCGCUUUGCCACCGUGCGAGCUAGAAAUACGGCCGUCUACGGACUUUGUUUAUCAAACGGCAAAAAACAAACUUUGUUCCAUCCAGAUUCCAGCAGCGGGGCAGCAUCUCGAUGAUCGUACGUCGACUCCGCGUAGCGAGGAUCACGAGAGUUUCACCAGAAAAAGAGUUGAAAUGUUCCUUUUCCUCGAAAGUAUUGUCUCGCUGGACAGCGUCGAAAUGGUCGGAUGCGCUGGCGCAUUGCUCAAUUACAUCACCAAGGCAAGGUUGACGGGCUCCCUAGAGGCGGAUGCGGAAAUUGAACUCCUGAGCGUCGAGCAGUUCAGCCUCAAUCAAUAUAUGCAUGUAAAUGCGGAUACCCUUUGCUCGUUGCAAAUAUUUCAAAACGAAGCACAUCCCAGUAUGCACUGCAAAAAGGGCAAAGAAGGGUUUUCUUUAUUUGGGAUUAUGGAUACUACAAAGACGCCCAUGGGUCGAGCUCUUUUAAGACAGUGGUUCCUCCGUCCGUCUAUGAGCCUUGAUGUAAUCAGAGAACGGCACACAGCAGUAGGAUACUUCCUUCGGCCUGAUAUUCAAUUCGCAAUGAAUCAAUUGCGGGGUAGCUUGAAACAUGUGAAAAACAUACCUAAAAUUCUUACGAAAAUGCGGACACAUGCGUCGAUCGUGGAGUGGCAGGCCAUCUUGAAGUUCUCUUACUACGCCUUGAAAAUCCGAUCUGAUCUCCGAGAACUGGGUGCGCAUGUGAAGAUCCCGAUUGUUCGCAAGAUUAAUGAAGUCUUUGUGGUUCAGGAAUUGAAAGAAGUCGGGUCAUUUGUAAACAAAGCCGUGGAUUUUGAUGCAUCUGUAAAUGAAGGUCGAGUCGUCGUGAAACCCCAUGUCGAUGAUGAACUUGAUGAAUUGAAACGAACUUAUCAUGGAUUGGAUGAUCUUUUGUCUCAAGUGGCCCACGAGAUCAGCGAUACCAUCCCAAAAGAAUUUUCCACGUCAUUGAAUGUGAUAUACUUCCCUCAGUUAGGGUACCUCAUCACGAUUCCACUGAAAGAAGGCAUGACGGAGAGGGAGGAUUUCGUUAUUGAAGGGUUGUCGUUUCAGUUUUGCACGGCAAACGCAGUGUACUAUAAGAGUGAUCGGAUGUUUGAACUUGACGAGAGUAUCGGUGACAUUCAUUCCAUGAUUGUCGAUCGAGAGAUUGAAAUCAUUCAGAGGCUACAGGAAACGGUGCUUGGGUAUCGUGCGACACUCAUUCAAGUCGCGAAUGUGUGCGCAGAGUUGGACUGUAUCUUGUCGUUCGCUGAUGCAGCCAAGAGAUACAAUUGUACACGACCAGAGAUGACUGAGGAUAAUAUCUUUCAUGUUGUUAAAGGCAGGCAUCCUCUUCAAGAACUUUGUGUGGAUGUGUUUGUCGCCAAUGACACAUCAAUGGGGGAAGCAGACGAUCUACCACGAAUGAUUUUGCUCACCGGUGCGAAUUUCUCUGGAAAGUCCGUUUACUUGAAGCAGAUUGCCCUCAUCACGUACAUGGCACACAUUGGGAGCUUUGUUCCUGCUGAGCGUGCCGUGAUUAGGUUGACAGACAAGAUUUUGACGAGGAUACAAACUCGGGAAUCUGUCUCUAAGAUGCAGAGCACGUUUAUGAUUGAUCUCCAGCAAGUGAGUGUUGCGUUGCGGAGUUCGACUAGAAGAUCUUUGGUGCUUUUGGAUGAGUUUGGAAAGGGGACGGAUACUGCUGGUAUGUUUUUUGAUAUUCUUGUCGGGUGCGAUAUUUUGUGUCUCGCCGACCUUUAUUGCGUAGAUGGAAUCGGCUUGCUCUGCGGCGUUUUAGACAAUUUUGCGAAACGGGACGCGGAUUGUCCACACGUUGUAGCGGCUACUCACUUUCACGAAAUCUUUACAUACAACCUUCUCACGAUCCCGGAACCCUUUUUGUUGGAAUGCACCAUGGAGAUAAUGGAGACACGCGGAUCAGAGGGGCUCACGUUUUUGUAUCACGUCAAGCCAGGGAGAUCCCAGUCGUCAUGGGGAGUUCACUGUGCGGCUUUGGCUGGCAUUCCACCGCACAUUUUAGAAAGAGGUACAUGUUCGUGCUUGUCGUUUUCUUGGUCUCGUAUUUUCAUGCAUAUGGCCGCGAUUUUCAUUAUGAUUUUUUAG